CCGCGAUUCACGUUUGGGCCGUGUUUUGGGGGCUGCUGGGAAGAUGGCGGACCCGGCGGCCCGCCGAUGAGGAGGCCGCGGGGGGAACCCGGCUUCCGGGCCCCGAGACCGACUGAGGGAGCGACCUGCGCGGGGCCUGGGGAGUCAUGUAGGGGUGGCGCCUUUGGGGUGUGCCGCGGGAGGGUGGCGGAAGUUGGUGUUGGCGACCGUGACCACGGUCUCCCGGGCCCCCAGGCCGGGUGGGUGUGGGGACCCUGACACAGCCGACUCGCGCGGUUGCGAAGCUGCGCACUCGGGCUACGCGGGUGCCCUGCCAAGUGGGUGCAGAGUUCUCCUUUCACGGGUGAGGAGGCUUGGGCAGAGAGACGAAGCCACUCGGCCAAGGUCACGCAGUUGGGUCUCCGUCACCCAACUCCAUGCUUCGAGUCCUGCUCUCUACCCAGGCCUCCACUGCACGGCUGUCUGGCCUGCUGCUGCUCCCGUCAGUACAGCCCUGCUGUCUGGGGCCCAGCAAGUGGGGGGAUCCGCCUCCUGGAAGAGGGCCCCAUGCAGGCCCUGUGCAGGGGCUGCAGCGGCUUCUGGAACAGGCAAGGAGCCCUGGGGAGCUGCUACGCUGGCUGGGCCAGAACCCGACCAAGGUGCGUGCCCAUCACUACCCGGUGGCACUUCAUCGUCUGGGCCAGCUCUUGAGGUCUCAGCCACAGCCCCCUCCUGUGGAGCAGGCCACUCUGAAGGACUUGAGUCAGCUCAUCAUCCGAAACUGCCCCUCCUUUGACAUUCACACCAUCCACGUGUGUCUGCACCUUGCAGUCUUACUUGGCUUCCCAACAGAUGGGCCCCUGGUGUGUGCCCUGGAGCAGGAGCGAAGGCUCCGCCUCCCUCCGAAGCCACCUCCCCCUCCGCAUCCUGUCCUUGGUGGACAAAGAUUGGAGGCUGCUUUGAGCUGCCCCCGUUUCCUGCGGCAUCCACGGCAGCACCUCAUCCACAGCCUGGCAGAGGCCAGGCCAGAGGAACUGACACCCCAUGUGAUGGUGCUCCUGGCCCAGCACCUGGCCCGUCACCGGUUGCGGGAGCCCCAGCUUCUGGAAGCCAUUGCCCACUUCCUGGUGGUCCAGGAAGUCCAGCUCAGCAGCAAGGUGGUACAGAAGUUAGUCCUGCCCUUUGGGCGGCUGAACUACUUGCCACUGGAGCAGCAGUUUAUGCCCUGCCUUGAGAGGAUCCUGGCUCGGGAAGCAGGGGUGGCCCCCCUGGCCACUGUCAACAUCUUGAUGUCACUGUGCCAGCUGCAGUGCCUGCCCUCCCGUGCCCUGCACUUUGUCUUCUCCCCAGGCUUCAUCAACCACAUCAGUGGCACCCCUCAUGCCCUGAUUGUGCGGCGCUACCUCUCCCUGCUAGACAUGGCUGUGGAGCUGGAGCUCCCAGGAUACCGGGGUCCUCGCCUUCCCCGAAGGCAGCAAGUGCCCAUCUUCCCCCAGCCACUCAUCACCGACCGUGCCCGCCGCAAGUACAGUCACAAGGAUAUAGUAGCUGAGGGGCUGCGCCAGCUGCUGGGGGAGGAGAAGUACCGCCAGGACCUGACCGUGCCUCCGGGCUACUGCACAGACUUCCUGCUGUGUGUCAGCAGUGCUGGUGCUGUGCUUCCCGUGAACACCCAGGACCCUUUCCUACCGUACCCUCCCCGGUUCUGUCGCCAGGGCCAGGCUGCCUCUCAGCCUACUACCCGUGACCCUGCCCAAAGGGUGGUGCUGAUGCUGCGGGAACGCUGGCAUUUCUGCCGGGAUGGCCGAGUGCUGCUGGGCUCCCGGGCCUUGCGGGAGCGGCACCUAGGCCUGAUGGGCUACCAGCUCCUGCCGCUGCCCUUCGAGGAACUGGAGUCGCAGAGAGGCCUGCCCCAGCUCAAGAGCUACCUGAGGCAGAAGCUCCAGGCCUUGGGCCUCCGCUGGGGGCCUGAAGGGGGGUGAGGGGGUGUACUUGGGGUUCAGUUUGGCCCCCCUAUGGGGGGUGGACAAUUUGCACUUUGAAUUCCUUUGUUUUGGUUUUUCAUUAAAGUCUCUU